GUGGCAGUGACCCCUGGGGCCGGGCGGCCGGAGGGGGGCGGGCGGGGGGUUGGCCCCAUGCGGCGCGAGUAGCGCCGGUUCCUGAGGGAGCGGAGUUGAGAGCCAUGGCCGACAUGGCGCCCCCAGAGCCGGGGCCGGACCCUGAGCCCCGGUGCGAACCGGAGCCCCAGGGCGAACCGGAGCCUCAGCCCGAGCCGGAGCCCGAGCGCGGCGACGCGCCGGCAGCGGACGGUGAGGCCGGGCAGCUGCCGCCCCCCGGGGCGGAGGAGGCAGCAGAAGCAGCAGCAACGGCGGGCGGCGCCGAGGGGCGGCCGUCGGCGGGCGGAGCGGCGCGUCCCGGCCUGGGUCCGCGGUGCCGGUCGUCGGUGGGUCGUACCGAGGAGUUACCGGUGAAGAAGAAGCACCGUCGCCGGCCGUCGAAGAAGAAGCGGCGCUGGAAGCCGUAUUCGAAGCUGACCUGGGAGGAGAAGCAGCAGUUCGACGAGCGGCAGAGCCUCCGCGCUUCCCGGCUGCGCGCAGAGAUGUUCGCCAAGGGGCAGCCGGUGGCCCCCUACAACACCACCCAGUUCUUGAUGGAGGACCACGACCAGGAGGAGCCCGACCUCAAAACCGGGCUGUACCCGCGGCGGGCCGCCGCCAAGUCGGACGACACGAGCGAGGAGGAUUUCCUGGAGGAGGCGGCGGACGAGGACGGGGGCAGCGACGGGAUGGGGGGGGACGGCAGCGAGUUUCUGCAGAGGGACUUCUCGGAGACCUACGAGCGGUACCAUGUGGAGAGCCUGCAGAACAUGAGCAAGCAGGAGCUGGUGAAGGAGUACCUGGAGCUGGAGAAGUGCCUCUCCCGCAUGGAAGAGGAGAACAACCGCCUGAGGAUGGAGAGCAAAAAACACGGGGGGGAAACAGCGGAGACGGCGCGGGUGCGGCAGCUGGAGCUGGAGGUGGACAGGUUGAGAGCCGAGAACCUGCAGCUGCUGAAGGAGAAGGACCUGCCCGGCCAGGAGAAAGGCCCCUGCAAGCUGGGGGAGUGACCCUGGAGGGUGGAGUGGGGUUGGGGACAGGGUGCGGGGGGGAGGGGGAGGCUUUUUACAGAGGUGGGGGUGACAUUACACAGCUGUACAGAGACGCCGCGGACCCUUUUUAACGGGAAUAAAGCAGCUGGGGAGCGGGGAGGUCCCCUGUGGUGGGUUGGGGGAGGUGUGUGCGGGGAGGGCUGAUGUAUCCGUGAUGGUUUUUUUUUUGGGGGGGGGGGAGGGGAAGAGAGGGAUGAUUUUAUUUUAUUAUUGUGUGUCUAAACCAAACAAAAACGCCCCAGAAAAAAAGCUGUAAAUUGGCCCAAACUUGACUAUUAAAAAUGCAAAUAAAUAAAUAUAGAAGUCUAAUAAAUUUAAUUACUCCUAA